AUGUCCGCCGUGCCUCCCCCCGCGGGGGCGGCUCCCGCUCUGCCCGGGGCGCGGGUGGGGCUGGCGGGGGAGCGCCACAGGGACGGGGACAGGGACAGCUCCGCACAGGCUCACGGGACCGGGACGGGCUCACCGGGACAGGGACAGCUCCGCACACCCUCGCCCCGCUGCGGCCCCGAACCGCUGGAAAUUGCCGCGGGAGGGAAGCGCCCGGCGGGAGGCGGGGGAGCGGAGCAGCGCCGGCUGCUCGGCCCGGCCCAGUCCUGCGGGCCAAGCGCUCGGCCCCCGUGCACCGGCACGGCCCGGUACCGGCGGUGCGGGCGGAGCCCCACGGCCCGAGCCCACGCUGAGCCCGGCCGGGCCCUGAGGGCGGCGGCGCCGCUCGGGCACCAGGGGGCGCUGCCGCCCAGGGGCCCCGUCGUGCCGCGCCCCGGCCGCACGCCGCGGCCACGCGGGCCGGUGGCGCACUGCGGCACCCGCGCGCCGGCCCUCAGCGCGCCGCACCGCACCGAACCGAACCGCACUCGCACCGAACCGCACCGCACCGCACCGCAUGUAUUGCCCACGCCGCCACGGCCCGCACCGAACCGAACCGCUCAGCACCACACCGCACUGCCCGCUCCACAUCCACUGCCCGCACCGUCCACCCCGCACCGCCCCGCUCCCCAUGGCACUGCCCGCACCGCCCCGGCCCCGCACCGCCCCGCUCCCCACGGCCCUGCCCGCACCGCCCCGGCCCCGCACCGCCCCGCUCCCCACGGCACUGCCCGCACCGCCACGGCCCCGCACCGCCCCGCUCCCCACGGCACUGCCCGCACCGCCACGGCCCCGCACCGCCCCGCUCCCCACGGCACUGCCUGCACCGCCCCGCACCGCCCCGCUCCCCACGGCACUGCCCGCACCGCCCCGACCCCGCACCGCCCCGCUCCCCACGGCCCUGCCCGCACCGCCACGGCCCCGCACCGCCCCGCGCGGCCGGCCCGGCAAUGGAGCCGCAGGUCCCUGGCUCCGACCCGAGUGUGA